ACUGUUAAACAGGCUGUCGUACAAUUCACCUGCCAUUAGAAAAGGCAAGAUUAAAUUAUAAUGCCUCAGCUUGCGAUUCUGAUAUUCUUGUGAAAACAAAAUUUCGUGGAAAAUUCCAAUGCAACGAGUUACCAUCACUGUGCAAUAUCAUUUAUACCAAAAAUUUAUUAUUAUUUUAAGAAAUGUGUUUACCAAAAUAUGUUUUAACUGUUUCGUUUUUAGUGUUGACAAUAACAUCAUUAGCCUCAGAUGUCGAAGGUGACAUGAUGUCAAUGCUAGACUUCCGCUAUUUUCGGUGUGUCAUGAAGAGGGAAUGGAAGUGCCCCGAUAGUGAGAUUGAAUUUCAUUUGUUUACCCCGGAACGUCCAGUGAACCAGAGGAUAAAUGUGAAACAUAUACAUCUCUUACCGAAACUAGGAUGGAAACUAACAAGGAAGAACGUUUUCAUAAUACAUGGAUUUAAUGGUACUCAUGCGAAAACACCUAUGUCUUUUCUACGUGACGCAUACUUGUGGCGCAAAGAUUACAAUGUUUUUAUGGUGGACUGGUCGGCGCUGUCCAGGUUUCCGUGCUAUUUAUCUGCUCUAGCAAACAUGAGGUUAGCAGCUCAAUGUACUGCUCAAUUUUAUUCGUUCCUAACUCAGAAUGGUGCGCUUGCUAAAAUGAUAACAUGCGUCGGACAUUCCCUUGGCGCCCAUGUUUGUGGGAUGAUGUCUGCACAUCUCACUAAGAAGCAGUAUAAGAUUGUCGGAUUAGAUCCAGCCCGUCCUCUAGUAUCAGAGUAUGGUUCUAGAUUGUUCCGACUGAGUCGAGAUGAUGCUCACAUAGUUCAGGUGAUACAUACGAAUGCGGGUUUCCUGGGUGAGUCUGGCCAAGUGGGGCAUGUUGACUUCUGUGUCAAUGGCGGCCGAUUACAACCGGGUUGCAGCGGGCAUUUCAUGCGUGUUAGACGAUGUAGUCACUUCAUGAGUGCCUGCUACUUCGCUGCCAGCAUUCGCCGUCGUAUGCGAAUAGUCGGCAUGCCCUGCGACUCCAUCUGUCCGAAGCAAGACCUUGCAGUUGUGGUCAGGGAUGGAAAGCCGUUGGCCAUUGGGACCGAUGUACCGGAAAGUUCGAGAGGAAUGUACUGCGUGAAUGUGGAAAACCAUGAGCCUUGUCCAUUUGAUUAACUUUUAUAAACAAUUUGUUACUUAUGAAUUUACUGUUGUAGAAGAAAAGAAAAUCACUAUAUUAUUGAUUUGUAAAAUUGGUCGUAAAUAUUUAUUAUUUUUUGUUAAUAAGUAAGCAGUUGUACAGGCUAAAGUUUUUUUUAUGUAAAUUAAUAGAACUCAUAGCAAAACCCAAAUACCUUUUUAAGUUAUUUAUUAACAAAUAGUACAGUAAGCCCAAAAUAUUAAUGGUAAUAAAAACAUUAAAACAGGGUUAUCUUAUUCUUACUUGAUUUUUAAGUAAAUUACAAAGAAGCAUAAUUUAUUGUAGUAUUUAGUAGAAUUAGUAAUAUUUGGUAUUUUUAUCUGGAAAACAUAAUUUAUACCAUAAGAUUGUGAUACUCUUUUAUCAAUUAUCUCAAUUUCAUUUUUAAUACGUAGUUCUGCAUGUAGUGUGUAAUGAGCAGUACAAAUUCAGUGCAGUGUAAAGUGUUCAUAUGAUUUUUCAGUACAUAUUUAGUUAGUGGCAAAUAUGUCGUAUUGACCUUUCUGAAGAUCCUGUUAAAAUCUCUUUGGGGAUGGAGUGGGAAGAGCGGGUGGUCAGAACAUUGACAAUUAGUAUUGAAUGAUUUUUAAUACCAAUCGCGUAUUGGCUGAUAAGAACCGUACCCGUACCCGUAUUUUGUUAUUAUUUACCGAUAACUAUAAAUAAAUAAAAAGUUCUUGAACCUCAAAUAGCAUUAAAAAGA